AUCUUCUUCUUCGCCUCUCCUCUCCCGCGUGAUCUCUCCAACCCAAUCCAGUCGCCAGCCACCCAGUCUCCAUUCCCACAGUACCCACACAUGGCCGCCGCGCUGACCGCCACGCUGCCGUCCUCUCCAGCCGCCGCGUCGCCGAUCAAUGGCGGAAGCACCAGCCACUUCUUGGCCUGCCCUUCCCGGCUCCGCAAUGGCGGCGGGCGGCUGCGGGUGUCGACGACGGACACUGCGGUGUCGGCGGAGCCAGCGGCGCCGGUGAAGGCGGCCAAGGUCUCGAAGAAGCAGGACGAAGGGGUGGUGACCAACAAGUACCGGCCCAAGGAGCCCUACGUCGGCCGCUGCCUCCUCAACACCCGCCUCACCGGCGACAACGCCCCCGGCGAGACCUGGCACAUGGUCUUCAGCACCGAAGGCGAGAUCCCGUACAGAGAGGGGCAGUCCAUCGGGGUGAUCGCGGACGGGGAGGACAAGAACGGCAAGCCGCACAAGCUCAGGCUCUACUCCAUCGCCAGCAGCGCCAUUGGGGACUUCGGGGACUCCAAGACCGUCUCCCUCUGCGUCAAGAGGCUCGUCUACACCAACGACCAGGGAGAGAUCGUCAAGGGAGUCUGCUCAAACUUCCUAUGUGACCUGAAGCCUGGCUCUGAAGUGAAGAUCACAGGACCUGUCGGCAAGGAGAUGCUCAUGCCCAAAGACCCCAACGCCACCAUCAUCAUGCUCGCGACGGGUACCGGUAUCGCGCCGUUCCGCUCUUUCCUGUGGAAGAUGUUCUUCGAGGAGCACGAGGACUACAAGUUCAAUGGCCUGGCAUGGCUCUUCCUGGGGGUUCCUACAAGUGACACUCUGCUCUACAAGGAGGAGUUUGAGAAGAUGACGGAGAUCGGCGGUGACAACUUCCGGCUGGACUUUGCGGUGAGCCGGGAGCAGACAAACGCGGCGGGGGAGAAGAUGUACAUCCAGACCCGGAUGGCGGAGUACAAGGAGGAGCUGUGGGAGAUGCUCAAGAAGGACAACACCUACGUCUACAUGUGCGGUCUCAGGGGCAUGGAGAAGGGCAUUGACGACAUCAUGAUCGACCUUGCCGCCAAAGACGGGAUCGACUGGAUCGACUACAAGAAGCAGCUGAAGAAGGCGGAGCAAUGGAACGUCGAAGUCUACUGAUCAUGCCAUGCCAAUUGCCAUAUGGAUGGACUUGGACAUGCUUGCAUAUGCACUACAUGUUCUUAAUUUUCCUUUUUGUCCCCAUUCCCGGUUGAAUUGUGGCAAGCUCGAUCAAGCUUCGACGAUCAUACAUGCAUACAUUGCCUUCGGUCAUAUGGUGAGCUGAGAUGAAAUCGUUGGCUCUCCAGCUCUGAUCCAUACGUAGAUACUGACACGCACGGUAUUUUGUCUCGAUCGAUCGAGCUCACUCGCCUUCCGGUCUUAUAUGCUUCCAUGAAUGUAUGUAUGUAUGUAUAUCUAUGAUGUAGAUACACAUUUCGCACGGUAUUGCUCAUCUGCUACCUACUGCAGUAAUUUGUGUCCAGUGUAA